AUGGAGAGGGUCGAUGGCGUGACGCACGUCACACAGCUGGCACGCAGGCCUGAGGCUGCUCCAGGCCUCCGCGGGACUCUCUGCCUGCCCGCCCGCCCGCCUGCCUGCCUGCAGCCCCUGGGUUCCCGCCUCACAACAGUCGGGGGCAGUGUAGCCCGCCAGCCUGUGGCGGCACGGAUCGUGCUCAGGGAACUGGCCAUCAGCGUGUUCGCUGUUUUUAACAGUCUGUGGUCUCUCUCCUGCCAACUGAAGGGGCGGGUCCGUGGCGGCUCCGCGGUUCCAGACAUGGCUGGCAGGGCGCAGGUGGUGACCCGUGGGGGUGGACUGACUGGGGAGAAGGCGUGGUGGGGAGAUGACGGUCUAUCUGCAAUUACCUUUGACUCUGACUUUGAGACGAAAGCAAAAAGGAAAAGUUUCCACCAACAUCCACCCACAUCACCGAAGUCACCUUAUUACUCUAAGCCGAGAAAAGUGGCGUACUGGAGAUCUUUGAGGACAGUAGCAAGCAUGCCUCUUGGUAACAGAAUGUCCUUAACCCCACAGAAGCUGUGGCUGGGAAGCUCAAAGCAAGGAAGUCUGACCCAACCCCUGAAGUCAGACCUGACCUUGGAGCAUGCACGGACCAACCCCCCCAGCAGCACGCCUGACUAUCUGACAGAAGCUUUAAGAAUGAGGAGGUCACAUCUCAGGCGUUCUGCCAGCAAUGGUCAUGUUCCCGGGACCCUGGUCUACAGAGAGAAGGAAGACAUGUAUGACGAGAUCAUUGAGCUGAAGAAGUCAUUGCACAUGCAGAAAAGUGAUGUGGAUCUCAUGAGAACAAAGCUUCGGCGCCUAGAAGAGGAAAAUAGCAGAAAGGACCGGCAGAUAGAGCAGCUGUUGGACCCAUCCCGAGGCCCGGAUUUUGUUCGGACUCUGGCAGAGAAAAGGCCUGAUGCCGGCUGGGUUGUUAACGGGCUAAAGCAGAGGAUCCUCAAGCUGGAGCAGCAGUGCAAGGAGAAAGACAACGUGAUUAACAAACUGCAGACUGAUAUGAAGACCACUAAUUUGGAAGAGAUGAGGAUUGCCAUGGAGACUUACUAUGAGGAGAUUCAUCGUCUCCAGACUCUCUUGGCAAGCUCUGAAACUGCAGGAAAGAAGACUCCAGGGGAGAAGAAAAUGGGCCUCAAAAGGAAGAAAAAAGUGAGCAGCGCCCUCCUGAGUUUGUCCCAGAGCGUCCAGGAGCUCACAGAAGAGAACCAGAGCCUGAAGGAAGAUCUGGACCGCGUGCUGAGCAACUCCCCCACCAUCUCCACCAUGAAGGGUUACGUGGAAUGGAGUAAGCCCCGGUUGCUUAGGCGGAUUGCAGAGCUGGAAAAAAAAAUAAGUUCGAUGGAAAGCCCCAAAUUACACGCUUCAGAAGUGGUCAAGUCAAACGCCGUGGUGCGCUCUGCGUCCAGCUCCACUGUGCCCAGGCAGCCGGGAGGCGACCGGCAGGAGGACAGCGAGCGUCUCCGCGGUGCUGUGCGGAGCCUGAAAGGCGAGCGGAACGCCCUGCAGAUGCAGCUGCAGGAGAAAGAGUUGGAGGUCAAGCAGCUGCUACAGACCAACGCUGACCUGCAGCAGGAGCUGGAGCACGUGAAGGGAGGCGAGGAGGAGAGGCGAGGGACAGAGGAGGCUCUGAGAGAGGAAAUUCAAACCCUUACAAAGAAGUGUCAAGAACUGGAGGAAAUCAGGAGACAAGAGAGAGACGAUCCCGGGGAGAGGAGUGUUGAGACCCCAGAAGAACCCCGACCUUCCCUUCCCACCAGCAGGCCCUCUCAGCAGGACUGUGAGCCAGAUACAAGCAAGGAGGGCUCCCGGCCCCCCUCUACCUGCUCCGAGCGGCGAAGAGACACGGCGGCCAGGAUCCUGCAGACCCGGUGGAAGGUGUACCGACGCCAGAAAAAAAAGGCUGUUCUGACUGAGGCGGCUACGGUACUCCAGGCAGCUUUCAGGGGACACCUAGCACGGGUGAAGCUACUGUCAAGCCAGGUGUGUGCUUCAGAACCCCCCAGCUCGCCCAGCCCGCCCGGCCAGUCAGACCCGCGACCACGCAUUCCGAGCCCCGCCGUCCAGGCUGAGGACGACCCAGGGCAGGAGGCCAUCACCACCGUGCAGUCUGUCCUCCGGGCGCACCUGGCACGGGUCAAGCACAGUGCCUCUGGUCAGAGAGCCCCCACUGCAGCUUCUGGGAGGAGGAGACCCACUCUGGCCACCCCCUGCCAGCCGCCUGCCGUGCCCUGCCCUGCUCCUCCUGGUCAGGAGGACAGCGACACGAGCAGCGGGGAGACUCUGGAGGGGCCGGCGGCCAAGGACAAGGCGCCCGGGCUGUGGGGAUUGGGGAAGCCAGCAGCCCUGCAGCCUGGCUCUGGGCUGUCCUCUCCCUCGGGACCGCAGCCUCAGCCACAGCCCGCGGAGCCUCCGCCUACGGAUGACGGCAGCUCCGACGACUCGGAUGAGAUUGUCAUUGCUCCGGCACUGCCCUCGAGGAAGGCUGUGUCGCCGCCGGUCAGCUGGACAGACGCGUGUGCCCAGGAUGGGGGCAGCCGCGAGCCCUGCAAACACACGCUCCAGACCCCACACCCCUGCGCCCCAGACCACUGCCACCCACCAGCCACCGUGGUGGAAACCCUCUCCUCCGCUCCCACAAGACUCACAUGUGCCACAUCCUCUGUCAUCAACUGCCGCGUGGAUGGUGGCACCCAUACCUUCCUGGCCGACGCAGAGCUCGCCAGUCAGGAGGUGGGAGCAGCCCAAGUGUCCACCGUCAGAGGAAUCAACAAGCUGACCCCCUUGCACAAGCAGUGUCCUGUCCCCCGGGCCAGCCCGCACGGCCCUGCUGGGAAGCUCUCUGGGCUCAGCCCCUCCUUUGUCUGUGUUCUCACAGAGUCUGCGGGAGCGACAGGGGCCGCGUCUCUGGGAGGCGGUGAGCAGGUGGCUGGAGCGGGCCUGCACCAGCCAGGGCAGCUCUCGGAGAGCGUCUGCUCCAGAAACAUGCAGGGUGCACCCGUCAAGGGCCGUGGUAACGUCCUCAUCGUGGUCCUGGCUCGGGAAGGCUCCGCCUUGCUCCUGUCCUGA